AUGGGAGGCACCUUUGACUACUUCUCUUCCAUGUUUGGCAGUGGACACAAAACCAAAAUGAGGAAACAUCUCAACACUGUUGAGUUGAAGGUCAGGAUGGACUGUGAUGGAUGUGAGCUCAAAAUCAAGAAGGUCCUCUUCUCCAUGAAAGGAGUUAAAUCAGUUGAAGUUGAUAGAAAACAACAGAAGGUGACAGUAAUUGGAUUUGUGGAGCCAAGCAGGGUGUUGAAGAAGGUUAUAUCCAUUGGAAAGAAGGCUGAGAUGUGGCCUUAUGUGCCCUAUAAUUUAGUGGCACAUCCUUACACUGUUCAGUCUUAUGACAAGAAGGCACCACCUGGUUUUGUGAGGAAUGUGGAGGUUGUCAAUGCAUCAUCACUUCAGGUCACUAAACCGGAGGAACAGUUAACUAACUUGUUUAGUGAUGACAACCCUAAUGCUUGUUCUGUAAUGUAA